UAGUUUCUGAUGCAAUUAUACCACGUUUUAUAUUGUAGUUUGAGGUAAUACAUAUAGCAGAGAGGGUUUAUAGAAGAUUGCGGCUAAUCAAAUUUGUAGCAACUGGAAAGUGAAAAAAUUACAUUUAAAUCGAUAUUUUAAAUGUUACCAAUUUGAAGAAGAAAAAUAACGGCAUGACAGAUGUAAAGCAAGUACGUGAUAUUAUUUCUGAUAGUGAUACUAGUACUACUAGAUUAACUAGUGCUACUAGUACUAAUACUGGUAACAUGGAAAACAUAGUGUCAGAUCUAAGCGAAUCUCAGCCAGUUGAAAAGAGUGCAGCACAAUUGAAAAAAGAAGCUAAGAAAAAAGAAAAACUACAAAAAUUUAAACAAAAGCAGGAAAAAAUCCAAGAACGAGCUCAGUCUCAACCAAAAACAGAGAAAAGAACAAAGGAUAAAAAAGAAAAAGAAGUGAUCAUAUAUGACAAACCAACAGCUUCUGGGGAUAAGAAAGAUGUGUCUGGUACAAUGCCUGAAACUUACAGUCCAAAAUAUGUUGAGGCUGCUUGGUACUCCUGGUGGGAGAAGAUGGGGUUUUUCAAGCCUGAGUAUGGAGGAAAAUCCUUAGAAAAACCAAACCCAUCAGGAAAAUUUAUCAUGAUCAUACCUCCUCCCAAUGUCACUGGAAAUUUGCAUCUUGGACAUGCUCUAACUAAUGCCAUUGAAGAUUCUGUAACGAGAUGGCAUCGAAUGAAAGGACACACAACACUUUGGAAUCCUGGCUGUGAUCAUGCAGGAAUUGCCACUCAAGUUGUGGUAGAGAAAAAGUUAUGGAAAGAGCAGCAAAAAACCAGGCAUGAAUUGGGAAGAAAGAAAUUUUUGGAAGAAGUGUGGAAGUGGAAAAAUGAAAAAGGUCAUCGUAUUUAUGAACAACUUCGCUUCAUGGGAUGUUCAGUUGACUGGGACAGAGCAACUUUUACCAUGGAUCCUAAAAUGUGUAGAGCAGUUACUGAAGCAUUUGUUCGUUUGCAUGAUGAAGGACUUAUCUAUCGUAGUUAUCGUCUUGUGAAUUGGUCUUGCACACUUCGGUCUGCAAUAUCUGAUAUUGAGGUGGACAAGUUUGAACUUCCAGGUAGGACCUUACUGUCUGUGCCAGGAUACCAGGAAAAAGUUGAAUUUGGAGUGCUUGUGUCUUUUGCAUAUCUAGUAGAAGAUUCAGAGGCAGAAAUUAUUGUAGCCACAACUCGAAUUGAAACAAUGUUGGGUGAUACUGCUGUUGCUGUGCAUCCAAAAGAUAAUCGCUACAAUCAUGUUCAUGGCAAAUUUGUUGUCCACCCAUUUUGUAAUCGACGGUUGCCCAUUGUUUGUGAUGAAUUUGUUGAUAUGGAGUUUGGUACAGGAGCUGUAAAAAUAACCCCUGCUCAUGAUCAUAAUGAUUAUGAAGUAGGUAAAAGACAUAAUCUUCCCAUGGUGAAUAUGAUGGAUGAUGCUGGUAAUAUCUGUGGAGAUUGUGGUGUUUUUACUGGUAUGAAAAGAUUUGAAGCUAGAAAAGCAGUAAUUGAGGCCUUGAAGGAAAAAGGAUUGUAUCGAGAUACAAAAGACAAUCCCAUGGUUGUUCCUAUAUGCAAUCGAUCUAAAGAUGUAGUGGAGCCACUUUUGAAGGUCCAAUGGUAUGUUAACUGCACAGAGAUGGCUCAGAACGCAGCACAAGCUGUUCGAGAUGGUGAAUUGAAGAUAAUUCCUGAGAUACAUGUGAAAACAUGGUACCACUGGUUAGAGAAUAUCAGGGAUUGGUGUAUAUCCAGACAGUUAUGGUGGGGACACCAGAUCCCUGCCUACUUCAUAGAAAUAUCAAGACAAGUAAAGCCUCCAGGAGCAGUUGAUGCACAGAAAAUAUCACUGAAACAAGAUGAAGAUGUACUUGAUACUUGGUUUUCUUCUGGAUUGUUUCCUUUUGCAAUUUUUGGGUGGCCCGAGAAUACGUUAGAUCUUCAGACAUUUUAUCCUGGCACAUUGCUAGAGACUGGUUAUGACAUCUUGUUCUUCUGGGUAGCAAGAAUGGUAAUGUUAGGCACAAAGCUAAUGGGAAAAUUGCCAUUUAAAGAGGUAUUUCUUCACUCCAUCGUAAGAGAUGCUCAUGGCAGAAAGAUGAGUAAAUCAUUAGGAAAUGUAAUAGACCCUAUUGAUGUGAUUCAUGGGAUUUCACUGGAGGGGCUUUGCAAGAUGUUAAAAGAUACAAAUUUGGAUCAGAAAGAAUUGGAGAAAGCUAAAGAAGGACAGAAGUCAGAUUAUCCUAAUGGCAUACCAGAGUGUGGAACAGAUGCCCUUAGAUUUGCUCUCUGUGCUUACACUGCACAAGGUCGUGACAUCAAUUUAGACAUCAACCGUGUGGAAGGAUACAGACAUUUUUGUAAUAAGCUCUGGAAUGCUGUAAAAUUUGCACUGUUGUAUUUGGGCAACUCGUUCAAACCAGUCAGUGACUUCCAGGAAUCACUAAAGCCAAUUUUUCAAGGAGGCGAUUCACUAGUGAUAAAUAGUUGUCAACAAGUCCUCUAUACUUGUCUUCAUGUUGGUCUUCGUCUUAUCAGUCCUUUUAUGCCUUUUGUCUCUGAAGAACUUUUUCAACGACUUCCUAGUCAAUUGGAAAAGUCUGAGCCAAGUAUUUGUGUGACACCUUAUCCAGAACUUAAAAUGUAUCCAUGGAGAGAGAAGCAACUAGAGAAAGAUGUUGAUUUUAUUCAAGGUGUCAUACAUAAGAUCCGAUCUGUACGCUCUGAUUACAAUUUGGCAAAAACUCGUGUGGACUUAUAUCUGAAAAGUGAUGAUGAUGAAACAAAGAAGGUGCUAUUUAAAUUUCGUGAAGUUCUCCAAGCUUUGACAUGCUCUGCUACAGUGGAUAUUCUUGAUGGUGAAGGUCCUGCACGUGGAUGUGCUGUUGUUUAUAUAUCAGAUCAGUGUGAAGCCUAUCUAAUGUUAAAGGGAGUGGUGGAUAUUGCAAAAGAAAUCAGUCGAUUAGAUCAGAAACAAGAGAAGUUACAAACCCAAGCAAAGAAGCUCAAAGCUGCUAUGGAGGCAUCAGACUAUGAAAUCAAGGUACCAAUGGAUGUAAGAGCAGGAAACAAAGAGAGGGUAAUUUACUAACAGUUUUUUAUUGCUU